GGUGUUGUUGUAGGUCUUUAAAAAGUGUUGUUCCAGGUCGUCAGAAUGUUCACGAGACGGUGUGGCCACCGGGGAUGUUCCAGGUCGUUAGUUCUCAGGACGAUGUGGCCUCCGAGGUUGACGGAAAGCAUAAAAGACGGUUCGGCCACCGGUGUUGUUGUAGGUCUUUAAAAAGUGUUGUUCCAGGUCGUCAGAAUGUUCACGAGACGGUGUGGCCACCGGGGAUGUUCCAGGUCGUUAGUUCUCAGGACGAUGUGGCCUCCGAGGUUGACGGAAAGCAUAAAAGACGGUUCGGCCAAUGUUGAUUUUCUAAGUCGUCGAAAUGUUCUUAAGACGAUGUGGCCACCGGUGAUGUUUCUGGUAUUGUUGUUUCUUAUAGUUAAUAGGACGGUUUGAUGUUGUAGGUUAGUUAAGGGACUAUAUGGUCACGGAAUUUUGUACAAAUCUUUGGACUGUGUGGCCAUCGGUGCUGUUACAUGUCUGUAGUUCAUGGGACCAUAAGAAAAAGUCUGCUGAAAAGUGUUCCUCCGUUGCACAGCAACCUAAUUGUUGUAACGUAGUAACUUGGAAUUGUUUGGAAUUGAUUUCAUUUCAAAAUUCCAUCGUCCUCUGUCCAGUAUAGAAGUAAAAUGGUCAAGACACGCAAGGAGGCGUCCGUUUCGCUGGUCGGAACUACCGACCCGGAAUCGUUGGUUCAACAGGUUAAGCUGCCGACGGUGGGGUGCGUUAUGAAAAGAUUUUUUUUUUUGUUAAGCUCGUUGAACUCCGUGGUGUUUGCUAUAAGUAAAACGACGUCCGAGCUUCUACAAGUGUGGCAAAAAACCACUAUUAUUUGCCAGAUGCACAAGAACGUGGCCAGGACCAUACGGAAUCUACUUGCAGAGCUAAAAAUGGCGCAAAAAGACUCUUAUCGCGACACCGAAAGGAAGAGGAAGUGGAAGAUAAGGAUGGAUCAAUUGCUGGAUGUAUCCCUGAAAAAAGUUAUCAUUGAAGACCCGAAAGUUGCAGAAUUUUUAGAAGAUCAGAGAAAGGAGCGAAAUUUUUCUUUAUCAAGUAUUAACGAGCCACAGCUGUACAAGAGAACUAAGAACGAACAUAAGCACGCAGAAGAAGAAGAAGAACAAGAAGCUACAGAUGUUGAACAUGAUUUCAAGCCACCACCACCAAAAAGAUCAAAAAUGCAACAAAGAAAGAACAGGCAUUAA